AUGUCACUUGGGAACCCUCCCCUGGAAGGUCUGGAAGUGGAAAGCUUCCACACGAGGUUCAGCGCCUGGACACCGUUUAAGAACCAGCCCUUAAACCGACAGCUCUUUCAAGAAAGAGUUACUCUCAUAAGUCACUGGUUUGACCUCUGGACCAACAAGCAACGGCAGGAAUUCUUAUUCGUGAUUCUUUCACAAUGCUCGAAAUCACAAUUAAGGUUCAUCCAAGACUGGUUUUCAGAAAGGAAGCAAGUGGCCAGAGUGGAUUUCUCAACAGUGUUACCACGCUUCAUUUCUCUUUAUAUCUUUUCCUUUCUGAAUCCGAAAGACUUGUGUGCAGCUGCUCAAGUCAGCUGGCCCUGGAAGUUUCUAACUGAACAGGAUUGCUUAUGGAUGCCCAAAUGCACUAAGUUCGGAUGGUUUCUGCCCUACACGCCAACACAGAAUGAAUAUGGAGCUUGGAAGCAGCACUACAUUGCCUGUGUGUCCAGCUUGGACUGGCUAACACCCAGGGAAGCUGCUGCUGUUUAUGGAACACUGAAUGAGCCCAAAACGGAGGAUGAGGAGCUCCAGGAGAGGCAAAGAGAAAAGUGCCUGAGAAAAAUAAUUUGGGAGAAAAUUGCAUUCCGCAAGAAGGAGUUAUUCAAAGCUCGACCCCCUUGGCUGAGUGGAACACGCUGCUCCAGGUUGCUAAAAUGUACAAGCCUGCCCGGUGGUACUCAGCUAUGGAGAGAUGGGACAGGGUUAUACGAAGCCUUGGACAGACAGUUUCUCCAAGCAUCUUUAGAUGCUUUGCCCAAGCGAAGCAAUAUCUCCGGAAGUCACUCCUACCCUUUGUUAUUAAAGAAAAACCAUUCCAGGGUUGGUAGAACCGACGACAGCUCUUCCUAUGCUCUGCCACUCCAUGUCAUCCUGAUAUCAUCUCGGAUUCCUGCAUAUGAGAUGGUGAUAGAGAGCAUCAAGCCAGGCGUCGUGGCUGUGCUGUAUGAACACAGUGGAGUGACAUUGGAGGGCCUGCUUCAGCUCACAGACAGAGCUCUACAAGGGCGAAAGGCACAGAGCCUGGGAAUAUUCAGUGGUGGAAACAGCAGAGAAAUCGACUUACUGCGAGGCUAUAAAAUUUGUAUUAAAAAUGUACUGUGGCCUGAAGUGAGAGACUUCUGGGAGAAACUAGGAAGCUGUGUGGCCACCAAACAAGAAGGAGGACAUGUGGACUUAUUUGUACCACUUGGAGCAUCAGAAGCAGGUAUGGGAGUUCUUUCUCAGCUGUCUCAACUAACUGGCACACUGUUCUCUGCCCCGACUGGAAUCGCCACGGGUUCGUACCAACACAUUCUUAGUGACUGGCUGGGGCCACAUCGGGAUAGGGCUCCACCUUUUAACUACUUCAGCGAGUCCAAGCUGCAGGCAUGGUCCAGCUUCACAGAAUUCCUGGAAGACACCUUGACGUCAGUGAGGAAAAAGUUAAAUCCGAUCUUCAAGAACUUACAGGGGAGCAUCAGUGGCCGCAUGAUAGGGCAGUUCAUGUUUGACACUCUGGGCAUGGACAGCAUCCUGAAUAACCGAAGCACUCUACAGGCUCUGGCAGAUGGACUGAUGGAGUUGUCAAAAGAAGGAUCUGAUAAACCUCUGGAAUUUUUGUCCUAUUUUCUGCUGAAGAAAUCUAGUAAAAAGAACAAGGAUUUUGAAGGAAAUGAUGUUCUGACAGAAUGUGAUCUGGAAGAAACGUGGGAUCCACUCAUGAAGGAAGGAAGUCCCAUGGAAGACAAUUCUCAGGACUUGAAGUCAGGUCCAAGCAAAAGUGACCUGAACAUGGAGGUCCUGCUUAAGCUGGAGAGAAAGCUCCAGAUGAACUCAGUAGAGAAACGAACCCGAGCUGUGAGGGAGCUUGUACAGAGCGAGAGGCGGUAUAUGCAGAUGCUGGGAAUCGUGCGGGAUGUGUACGCCAGGCCCUUGAGGGCAGCGCUCUCCUCAAACAGAGCCAUUCUGAGUGCUGCCAAUACCCACAUCAUUUUUUCUGACAUUCUGCACAUCUUAAAUCUCAAUAGAGAGUUUCUAGAUAACCUAAGAGACAGACUACAGGAAUGGAGCCCAGCUCACUGUGUGGGAGAAAUAUUCAUAAAGUUUGGAAGCCAGUUGAACAUAUAUACCAAUUUCUUCAACAAUUAUCCAGUUGUUCUGAAAACCAUCGAGAAGUGCAGAGAAAUGACACCUGCGUUUAGAGCGUUCUUGAAGAGGCAUGACAAAACCAUUGUUACCAAAAUGCUGAGUCUGCCGGAGCUGCUUCUAUACCCAUCCCGAAGAUUUGAAGAAUAUAUUCACCUUCUCUAUGCUCUGAGACUUCAUACUCCUGCAGGACACUUGGACCGUGGAGACCUGACCACUGCUAUUGAUCAAAUCAAAAAAUAUAAAGGCUACAUAGAUCAGAUAAAGGAAAACUUCAAAAUGAGAGAGCAGCUAUCCGAUGUCCAGACACUCAUCUGGGGCUGCCCGACUUUAUCAGAAGCAAACAGAUACCUGAUUCGGAUCCAAAAUGUGGUUCAACUUCACUGCUGUGAUGAGAAAAUAGAUUUCUCUUUAAGACUCUAUGAAGAGACCCAAGACCUCAGCCUCUUCCUCUUCAAUGAUGUGCUCCUUGUUACCAGUCAGACUACAUCUCAUACUCCAUUUGAAAAGACUUCUAAAACAACCUACCAGUUCACUGCAUCAGUGGCCCUUUCCAGGAUGCUCAUAGAAGACAUUCCAGACUCCAAAUACAUCAAGAAUGCAUUUGUUCUUCGAGGUUCAAAACGUGAAUGGAUCUGUGCGACUGAGGUGUCGGAUGAUAAAUUCCUUUGGUUGUCAGUACUCCAACAUGCAAUCAGAAGCAGUAUGAAGUAAGAUUAGAUUCAAAAAAGACAAGAGAGCCCUUGGAAAGGCAGAUAAUGAAUGUUUUCUGCUUUAGAACAUCUAGUGAGGAGCACACAGAUAUCAAUCCUGGAUGAGGAGGAGACGGAAGAGCUAGCACAUCUGUAAGGUUCCUUCCAACUUUUAUAAUGUAUGGUUAACCGAUGUAUAAAACCAAGAAACAAGGAAUCUAAAAUUUUGAACCACAGCUUUUGGUAACUACUGCUCAUGGACGUUAUUUAAGACAAUUAGACCUGAUUAGUAACAAGAAAAACACACUGUGUAGGUUUUUAACAAAUGAGUAACAAGCAGAAUAAAGUGUUUCUUUCAUGA